AGCCCAGAACCCGGAGGGCCGCGGCCACCGGAAGAGUCGUAGUCGCCAGCCGAGCCGGGAGAGUGGGGAGCGGAAGCGGCGGCCGCGGCAGCGGCAGGCGGCGCUGGGACCCGGGAGCGGCCGGAGAACAAGGGAGCUGGCGCCGCGGCCGGCUGCCGAGCGAGGCUGAACCGCUGGGCCGCGCCGAGCGCCGUCGCCGCCCGAAAGGCCCGGCCCGGCCGCCGGAGCAGGCCGCGCGCGGGCCCCGGGGCCCGAGGCCGGAGCCAUGGGCGAGACCAAGAUCAUCUACCACCUGGACGGGCAGGAGACGCCGUACCUGGUGAAGCUGCCCCUGCCCGCCGAGCGCGUCACCUUGGCGGACUUUAAGGGCGUUCUGCAGCGACCCAGCUAUAAGUUCUUCUUCAAGUCUAUGGACGACGAUUUCGGAGUGGUGAAGGAGGAAAUCUCUGACGACAAUGCCAAGCUGCCCUGCUUCAAUGGCCGGGUGGUGUCCUGGUUGGUGUCUGCUGAGGGCUCACACCCAGAGCCUGCUCCCUUCUGUGCUGACAACCCAUCAGAACUGCCACCACCCAUGGAACGCACAGGAGGCAUUGGGGACUCCCGGCCCCCAUCCUUCCACCCUCAUGCUGGUGGAGGCAGCCAGGAGAACUUGGACAAUGACACAGAGACGGACUCCUUGGUGUCAGCCCAGCGUGAGCGGCCACGCAGGAGGGACGGCCCAGAACACACAACCCGGCUAAAUGGAACUGCAAAGGGGGAGCGGCGGCGAGAGCCAGGGGGUUACGAUAGCUCAUCCACCCUUAUGAGCAGCGAGUUAGAGACCACCAGCUUCUUUGAUUCGGAUGAGGAUGACUCCACCAGCAGGUUCAGCAGCUCCACAGAGCAGAGCAGCGCCUCACGCCUGAUGAGAAGACAUAAGCGGCGGCGGAGGAAGCAGAAGGUUUCGCGGAUUGAGCGGUCCUCGUCCUUCAGCAGUAUCACGGACUCCACCAUGUCACUCAACAUCAUCACAGUCACUCUCAACAUGGAAAAGUACAACUUUUUGGGCAUCUCCAUUGUGGGCCAAAGCAACGAGCGAGGUGAUGGAGGCAUCUACAUCGGUUCUAUCAUGAAGGGUGGGGCUGUGGCUGCAGAUGGACGCAUCGAGCCAGGAGAUAUGCUGUUACAGGUAAACGAGAUCAACUUUGAGAACAUGAGUAAUGACGACGCAGUCCGGGUACUGCGGGAGAUUGUGCACAAACCGGGGCCCAUCACCCUGACUGUAGCCAAGUGCUGGGACCCAAGUCCACGUGGUUGCUUCACACUGCCCAGGAGCGAGCCCAUCCGGCCCAUUGACCCUGCAGCCUGGGUCUCCCACACUGCAGCCAUGACCGGCACCUUCCCUGCCUAUGGCAUGAGCCCCUCCCUGAGCACCAUCACCUCCACCAGCUCUUCCAUCACCAGCUCCAUCCCUGAUACAGAACGCCUAGACGACUUCCACCUAUCCAUCCACAGUGACAUGGCCGCCAUCGUAAAAGCCAUGGCCUCCCCUGAAUCUGGGCUGGAGGUCCGUGACCGCAUGUGGCUCAAGAUUACCAUCCCCAACGCUUUCAUCGGCUCAGAUGUGGUGGACUGGCUGUACCACAACGUGGAAGGCUUCACUGACCGGCGGGAGGCCCGCAAAUAUGCCAGCAACCUGCUGAAAGCCGGCUUCAUCCGCCACACUGUCAACAAGAUCACCUUCUCCGAGCAGUGCUACUACAUCUUCGGUGACCUCUGUGGCAACAUGGCCAACCUGUCCCUCCAUGAUCACGAUGGCUCCAGCGGUGCCUCUGACCAGGACACGCUAGCCCCUUUGCCACACCCAGGGGCAGCCCCUUGGCCCAUGGCUUUCCCUUACCAGUACCCGCCGCCCCCGCACCCCUACAACCCUCACCCAGGCUUCCCAGAGCUGGGGUACAGCUAUGGUGGGGGCAGCGCCAGCAGUCAGCACAGUGAAGGCAGCCGGAGCAGUGGCUCCAACCGUAGCGGCAGUGACCGACGGAAGGAGAAGGACCCGAAGGCGGGGGACUCAAAGUCUGGCGGCAGCGGCAGCGAGUCGGACCACACAACCCGCAGCAGCCUGCGGGGGCCGCGGGAGCGGGCGCCCAGCGAGCGCUCAGGUCCUGCCGCCAGCGAGCAUAGCCACCGCAGCCACCACUCAAUGGCCAGCAGCCUGCGCAGUCACCACACGCAUCCAAGCUACGGCCCCCCUGGCGUGCCCCCUCUCUACGGUCCCCCCAUGCUGAUGAUGCCCCCUCCGCCCGCGGCCAUGGGGCCCCCAGGAGCCCCUCCGGGUCGCGACCUGGCCUCCGUGCCCCCCGAACUGACAGCCAGCAGACAGUCCUUCCGCAUGGCCAUGGGAAACCCCACCAAGAAUUUCGGGCUGUUUGACUUUCUGUGAGCCCCCAUCAAGGGGAGGCCCAGCCUCCGAGGAGACCAGGAACCCUGCUUCAGCAGCCCCUCAGGGCUUCCCAAGGAUGUUCAGCCCCCAAACCCACACUUCAACAUGUUGAGUCACUAGGCUUUGUUGGAGGGUUCCAGCCUCUCACCCAUGUAUGAGAGACUGUUCCCCUUUCCACAGAGUGCCCAUCCCACUCUCCCUCUCUCCCUCUCUCCCUCUCUCUCUCGCCCUCUCUCCUUCUCUCUCACACGCACACAUACAUACACAAACACACACACAUACACGUGUCUAUGCAAGUUCACUUAAGCCUCAGGGCUGGUCCCUGCUCAGAGGGCUGGACCUUCUCUCCAAAGUUGUGGGGCUGGUCCCCUGACUUCCCUCUCCCCAAACCAUCCACACAUGUCCCCAUCAUCUUCCUACCUGGAUAAAGCCCAUAAGCUGGAUCUCAGGUCAGGCUCAGCAGAGGACUCCGUAAACAACCGACAGGCUGUUCUCACCCCCACUUCCUACCCCAACACCCUUAUUUCACAAUAACCAUGAUACCCCAGAGAAAGGUUGGGCAGGGGGUCUUCUGGGACCUCUAAAAUGCCGGGUUUUAUUUUUUACCUUAUUCUACAGUUUAAACAAAUCAUGAUCUCUUUAAGCCUCUUCUAUAAAUUCUCCUGGCUCACCUAAGCUUCCAUACUUUUAGGACUGAGGUGUCAAGAGUACAACUAAGUCUUAAGCUCCAGGCUUUGGGGCAAACCAGGGUAGGGACAUUUUAACAAAUACUUCUGGAGUUUUUGGUGCAUAAGGGCUGUGCUGGAAGUGUGACUCAGUCUUGCCUGCCUUCCAGGAGCCCAGGCCAUGGCUUUCUGUAGCCACCACUAUAGGGCUGCCUCCUAUGCUUCUUUAACUUUUCUGACUCUGCCAUGUUCAACUCCCUUGAGAAUUCCUUCAGUAUUGCUCCUGCCUUCAAUAUUGGUGCUCCUUGUGUUCUUUGGUUCACUUCUCUUUCCUCUAUAUUUACUCGCCAAAUGGUGUCACCUAUACUGAUGUCCUCAAUUGCCAUUGAUAUGCCGGUGAUUCUAAAAUAUGUAUCUUCAGCCCCAACUUCCCUCCAAAUUUUGGAUCUGUAUCAUCACCCACUGGACAUCACCAUGGACAUAUCCAUAUGGACUCAACUCAUUCCCCCAUCAAGUGUGUUCCUCCUGAAUUCCAAUCCUGGUUAUCUUCAUCACACUGUAUGUAGGCUAACCAGCUAGGAACAGUUAUGGGCUUAAAUUCUUCUCCCAUCUUUCUAGUCAGCAUAUCAUAUCCAUUACACCCCAGCAAUCUUUCUUGAAUAUGGUCCUUCCUUUCCCCUCUGCCUCUACUCUAAUUCACAGGAGCAUGGGAUUUGGAGUCAGAUUGUUCUGGGUUUGAAUCCCAGCUCUACUACUUUUUGGUUUCAUGAUAAGAGAGUUAUUUAAUCUCUCUGAGCCUCAAUUCCCUCAUGUAAAAUGACGAUAAUAAUACCUACCUCACAGGGUUGUUGUGAGGAUUUAAAUUAGAUAUUGUACGAAAAGUGCCUAGCACAGUGCCUGGCACAUAGUAGAAUAGGUGCUCAAUAAAUGGUAGCUAUUAUUAUUA